AUGUCGUCUUCAUCGACUUGCAAAGCGAUUGGUAUUGACCUCGGCACAACCUAUAGCUGUGUUGGUAUCUAUCGCAAUGGUCAUGCGGAAAUCGUUGCAAAUGACCAAGGCAACAAAACAACUCCUUCGUAUGUGGCAUUCAACGAUACUGAACGUUUAAUUGGCGAUGCGGCUAAAGAGCAAGUGGCAAGGAAUGCGGAAAAUACGGUAUUCGAUGCAAAACGUAUGAUUGGACGUCGUAUGGAUGAUCCACACUUGCAGAACGAUAUGCGUAAUUGGCCGUUUAAAGUGAUCUCAAAAGGUGCCAACAAACCGGCCAUCGAGGUGACCUUCAAAGGCGAACGUAAAGUGUUCUAUCCGGAAGAGAUCUCGUCAAUGAUUCUGCUAAAAAUGAAGGAAACAGCCGAAGCGUAUUUGGAACACAAGGUCUCGGAAGCCGUCAUAACUGUACCGGCCUAUUUCAACGAUGCACAGCGACAGGCCACAAAAGAUGCAGCAAUAAUUGCGGGUCUCAAACCACUACGUAUUAUCAAUGAACCGACGGCCGCAGCUCUAGCGUAUGGUCUCGAUAAGAAGUUGGAUGGUGAACGUAAUGUGUUGAUAUUCGAUUUGGGUGGUGGUACAUUCGAUGUGUCCAUUUUGAGCAUCUCAGAAGGCUCACUGUUCGAAGUGAAAUCAACAGCCGGUGAUACACAUUUGGGUGGUGAAGAUUUCGACGAUCGUUUGGUGAACUAUUGUUUAGAACAGUUCAAACGUGAGCAUCGUAAAGACAUCAGACACAACGCUCGUGCACUGAGACGUCUUCGUACGGCGUGUGAACGUGCCAAACGAACCCUGUCAAGCUCCACUCAAGCCAUUAUCGAAGUUGAUAGUCUGCAUGAAGGUUUGGACUUCAACUGUCGUAUAACACGUGCUCGAUUCGAAGAACUUUGCUCAGAUUUGUUCCAAAAAACUCUUGCGCCAGUCGAGAAAGCGUUACGCGACGCCCGUAUGGACAAACAUUCAGUGAACGAAGUUGUACUGGUCGGUGGCUCGACUCGAAUUCCAAAAGUGCAAAAACUACUGACGGAUUUCUUCGGUGGCAAACAACUGAAUCUAUCGAUAAAUCCUGACGAAGCGGUUGCAUACGGUGCCGCAGUCCAAGCCGCUAUCCUGAGCGGAGUUCAAGACAACUGUGUCAAAGACGUUUUGCUGGUGGACGUUCAGCCUCUGUCGUUGGGCAUUGAAACGGCAGGCGGUGUUAUGACAACGCUAGUGAAACGCAAUACCCGAAUACCGACAAAAUGCACACAAACCUUCACCACGUACUCUGAUAAUCAACCAGCUGUCAGUAUUCAAGUGUACGAAGGAGAACGUGCCCUUACCAAAGACAACAACCAGCUGGGACGUUUCGAUCUCACUCAAAUUCCACCAGCGCCACGUGGUGUCCCACAAAUUGAGGUCACAUUCGACUUGGACGCUAAUGGUAUACUUCACGUUAGUGCCGCAGACAAAUCAACUGGACGUUCAAAUAAGAUCGCAAUCAAGAACGAACGAGGACGUUUAUCGCCUGCCGAGAUUGAGCGAAUGGUCGAAGAGGCGAAACGUUUCGAAGCCGAAGACAACCGUGAACGUGAACGAAUCUCAGCACGUAACUCACUUGAAGCGUACGUUUUUCAAGUGAAACAAGCACUCAGCGAUUACGGAGAUCGAUUGAGCAGUGAAGAUCGUCAACAAGUUGCAAGUGUUUGCGACGAUACGUUGAAAUGGUUGGAUUUGAAUCAGACAGCU